GUCUGUGUAUAGAAACGCAAGCGUGCACGUCCACAGACACUGAUUCGAUCUCUUACCAUGCCCUCCUGGCUUUCCCGCUGGACUUUCAGGCUGGGAACUCACCAAGGCCCGAGGCUGUGCGGUGCUCAGCUCUUUUGCCCGUGGCACCCCGCCCAGCAUGGCCUGCCAACGUGAAUCCAAGCAAAUUGAGUGGAACGGGAUUGUAAGCCCCCCCCCAAGGCCAGUCACUGCCAUGUGACAAUGGAAGGGGAGGUGUCAUUUUUCUUCUCUUGGAUCCGGGUUAGUGUUCCCCUAAGAAUGGGGCACAUUGGCAGGAAAGGAUUUUUUGUGUUGCUAGCACAUCAUGUGGUUCCUGACCCAAGCAGGUUAGGAGGGACCGGCUGCCGUGAUUAGCAGAACCAUGGAUGAAGAAGCUGAGACAAGUGGAAAAGCAUUUCCUUUGCAGCCCAUGAAGCAGGCCACUCAAGGACCAGAGAGUUAGCACAAGAUGAAGUUCAGCUGCCUCUCUUUCCGGCAGCCUUACGCUGGCUUUGUCUUGAACCGAGUCAAGACCAUGGAGACACGUUGGCGCCCCCUGCUAAGCAGCCACCAGAACUGUACCAUCGCCAUCCACAUUGCUCAAAGGGACUGGGAAGAUGAUGCCUGGUGGGAGCUGCUGGUGGAGAGGCUCAGGAUGACUCCUGCUCAGAUUCAGACAUUGCUUCAGGAAGGGGAAAGAUUUGGCCGAGGCGUGAUUGCUGGGCUCAUUGACAUUGGGGAAACUUCACAAUGCCCUGAAGACUUAACGUCUGAGGAGGUUGUGGAACUAGAAAAUCAAGCCAUACUGACCAACCUGAAACAGAAGUACCUGACUGUGAUUUCAAACCCCAGGUGGUUACUGGAGCCCAUACCUAGGAAAGGGGGAAAGGAUAUAUUCCAGGUGGACAUCCCCGAGUGCCUAAUCCCCUCCAGGUAGGAGGCCUGACUUAGCAUGGGCUCCUGAGAGGAACAUUAGGGAGAAGCAAGCUGAAUGUCUUCUGCCAUCGUGAUCAGAUAUAUAAAUCAAAUGAAAUUGGAAUUGCUGCUGCGUUUGAGAGUGCUACCCACUGAGUGCUACCCACUAAGUGCUGUUCAUGCAAAUAAAUGUCUCUGCUUAGAGGAAGGGGAAGGGGGGUGGGGGGGAAUGGAGCAAGGCUUUCUUUGUGAGAUGUCUCUUUGGGCUCAUCAACUCUGACCUUUAUAAAAAAGGAAAAGCUACUAGUAAGAAUCUCAGCACUGCCACUGAUUUUGGCCCUGCUAAUUUCUGAAUUGGAUAAAUAAACACAUUGAAGAUGACUCUUUAGUGUUUGGGGACUCCCUUAUAUGUUUUCCCUUGUCUUUAUUCUGGUCAAAACUCAGAUUUUUUUGAACAGCAUCCAGGGACAUUGUGAAAAGGCUAGAACUGGGCACUGACUGUAUUUUUUUCUCGAUGGGGACCAGCCAUUGAUGGACUGAGGCACAGUAAAAACAGUAUCAGAAUUUGAAACAGAGUGGCUGUCUGCUCUUCCAGAUUACCCUUGCUGUGUUGUAAAAGUGUUCUUUGGUUCAUGAAGCAUGCUUGUUACACAUAUUACACAUUCCUUCACGUCCAAAGAAACGAUCCUAAAUACAGCAGUGUUAGAAUUUGACUUUGAAAAGUGAUAAGUUGUAUUAUUUUGUUGCAAAUCUUCUUUUUUCUUGUGUGUGUCAUUUAUUAGCAAAGUUUCUACAGGUCCUCCUCUCUGAGAAUGAUGGGUUCGCUCUCCUGCCCCCGGACACUGACUGGAAUGGCCCUUCUUUUCCAAGCCAGAAUGUGGUGGUAGUACAACCCUUGGCAGAUGGCCUCUUUGGAGGCCCCCUAGAUCUUGUGUAAAGACACUCAGCUGUUGAUCAGAAAAUUCCUAGCAACAUGGAGGGGACCUGCAAGGAAAAGAAUCUCCUUUUUGAAGAUACAUUGAUGAUGUUAGGUGAUACCCCAGAGGUCAGCUGUGAGACUGGUCUGUCUCCUGACCAGCAGGCAAGUUUCAAGGGUCCAGAUCUUCCUAGGCUUGCCCUCAGCACUCCCUAGUAAAACUCUUUGCUGAGUGUGUGAAAAAUGCUACUUCUAGAGAUGAAAGAAGACAGUGGAGACCAAAACUUCUUGGGAAAGGAUUUUUAGCCUCCUCUGGCUUCUGCUGAUGAGGUGUGUCCAACCUAGAGCGUGAGGAAUAACACAGACUCGCGAUUCUUUUAAAUUGUUUAUUUACCCUCGAGGGGAUUUGUUUUUCUUUAUUAAAGUUGAAAAUAGGGUCAUCGUUACAAAAUGGUCAUCUUUUUCACUCACCAGCAGUCUGUGAGUUCAUGGAGCUGGAUUGUCCUUGAACUGUUCACAGAGCGCACAGUGGUAAUCAGAGGGACCCUCCUGCUGCCCGUCAAAGGGCUCAUUUGGAGACAUGACUGAAAUGGCAGCCAGCAGGAUCGAGUAACAGGUGUUGUACAAAAACAUUAUGGUAGCACCAUCUGGGUAAACUGGGAGGCCCAUGGGCGGUGCCCCUGCACCUGCAGGUCCGGCAGUAGCCUGAGGUGCAGACAUAACAUGCUGGGUGGUGCCCUCCCCACUUGGAAUAUUUAACCGAGUACGGGGACAGUUUUCCAUGGGAGGCCCAAUUACACUGCUGAAAGACCAGGUACUAGAGAACUUGAAAGUCGAGUUGCCC